CUGAUUUGUAAUUAUUCAGUUGGUGUAGGGUUUCAAUGCAGGCUAUUUUUUAAGAAGAUUUUGAUUAAAAGGUUUUGCUUCCCUGUCAGUCUGAGCUCUGCUGUUCUGCAGCCAUGAGCAACUCCAGCGUGGCCCCAUCCUCCUUUGAGUUCACUGUGUUCUCAGACCUUGGCUCCCUCAGAUAUCUCUUCUUCUGUCUCUGUCUGUUGCUCUUCAUGACCAUCAUCUCUGCUAAUGUCGUCAUCAUUCUGAGCGUCUGUCUGGAGAAGUCUCUGCAUCAGCCCAUGUACAUUUUCAUUUCCUUCCUGUGUUUUAACUCUCUGUACGGGACGUCAGGCUUCUUCCCCAGGUUCCUGAUGGAUCUGCUGUCUGACACUCAUCUCAUCUCGCGUCCGUUCUGCUUCCUACAGUUGUAUGUUAUUCACACAUACAAAGCUCAUGAUGUGAACAUUCUCAGCAUCAUGGCCUAUGAUAGAUUUGUUGCUAUCUGCCAUCCUUUACACUAUCACAGCAAAAUCACAUUGAGAAAAGCUCAGUACCUUUUGGUCUUUGCUGUGAUCUAUCCUGUAUGUAUGUUUGGAGGCUUCUUCACAUUUUAUCUGUCCAGCAGUUUUCCUUUAUGUGGCUAUAGGCUGAGCAGGAUCUUUUGCACCAACUGGUCUGUCAUUGAACUUUCCUGUUUGGACACCACUGUGAUUAAAACAGCCGGUCAGUGUCUUGCUGUGGCAUCAGUUUUCAUCCCCCUGUUCUUGGUGCUCUACUCCUACCUGCGUAUUCUGCUUGUUUGCAGGAGAAGCUCGUCUGAGUUCAGAGGGAAAGCGCUGCAGACCUGUCUGCCCCACAUUCUGACCUUUGUGAACUUUUGCAUCUCAGUUUUUAUUGAGGUUUCACUGAGUCAAUACAACAUGGAUAAGUUAAAUACAUUUGUCAUUGCUGCUUUAUCUUUGGAGUUUUUGAUCAUUCCUCCCAUCAACAACCCUCUAGUUUACGGUCUGAAUUUGCCUCAUAUCAGAGGAGUCAUUUCGGACUUUCUAAAGAUUUGCACAGUGGUUAAUACUUUGUAA